AUGGUUGAGGAUGGUAGCGUGAGAUUCAAGGGGAGAUGGUGUAUUCCUAAUGUUCCUGAGUUGAAGGAAAAGAUCUUAGAAGAAGCUCAUUCAACAUAUAUAAAGGUCAAGAGUGAGCAUAAGAGGCCUCAAGGGAUGAUUGAGCCUUCAGAGGUUCCUGCGUGGAAAUGGGACUCGAUCUCAAUGGAUUUCGUUUGUGAACUUCUGAGGACACCAAAGGGGAAUAAUAUGAUUUGGGUUAUUUUGGAUCGUCUUACCAAGUCCGCUCAUUUUGUUCCCAUGAAGUAUACUUGGAAUCAUGAACGAUUAACUAGUACAUAUAUAGAGCACGUGUUUAAACUUCAUGGUAUUCCAAGUGAUAUCGUUUCAGAUCGGGAUCCCAAAUUCUUGCCUAACUUUUGGCAGAAGUUUCAAGAAGCGUUGGGGACUAAAUUGAAGAUGAGUACAACUUUUCAUCCUGCUACAGAUGCUUUGUAUGGUUGGCGAUGUCGUACUCGUUUGUGUUGGAGUGAUAUUGGCGAGUAUGUUGUGAUUGAUCCAAAGAUGAUUAAGGAGACUAUUGAACAGGUAGAGCUCAUCCAGCAGAAAAUGAAGGCGGUACAGGAUAGACAGAAGAGCUAUGGUGAUAAGCAUCGUCGCCAUGAGGAGUUUCAGGUGGGAGAGAAGCCAAAGUCUCUCCAGCUAGAUGAUAACAUGACUUAUGAGGAGUUUCCAGUUCAGAUUCUUGAUCACAAAGUUCGAAAGACUCGCAAAGGUGAGAUAAAAAUUGUGAAGGAAGAGAUAGCUUAUAAGCUACCUUGCCAACCUUGGCCAAUACUUGGAAAGGCCCAAAAUGUUUGGGAGCCAGCUUCUGGUUAG